GGGCCGCGCCGGCCGGGCGGGGCCCAUGGCCAGCACCAGCAGCCACCUGUAUGAUGCUGUUCCAAUCCAGUCUAGCGUGGUGUUAUGCUCCUGUUCGUCCCCAUCAAUGGUGAGGAACCAAGCAGAUUCCAGCACUCCAUCUGUCAUUUCCACCUGUGGCAGCAGACAGGCAUCUAACAUGGAGGGCACUGCAGCUGAAUCAAGAUCUAGUUCAAACUCCUUGCAGCAACAUACAGGACAGCAGCCUCCACAACCUCGAAAGAAACGACCUGAUGACUUCAAAUUUGGGAAAAUUCUGGGUGAAGGAUCUUUUUCAACGGUUGUCUUGGCUCGAGAAUUGGCAAGUUCUAGAGAAUAUGCCAUUAAAAUUCUAGAAAAACGUCAUAUCAUAAAAGAAAACAAGGUGCCGUAUGUGACACGAGAGAGAGAUGUAAUGUCCCGCCUGGAUCACCCUUUUUUUGUGAAACUCUACUUCACCUUUCAGGAUGAUGAAAAGCUAUAUUUUGGGCUUAGCUAUGCCAAAAAUGGAGAGCUGCUAAAGUAUAUACGCAAAAUUGGCUCAUUUGAUGAGACCUGUACAAGGUUCUACACUGCUGAAAUUGUAUCAGCCCUGGAGUAUUUGCAUGGGAAAGGAAUAAUUCACAGGGACCUUAAGCCAGAGAACAUCUUGCUAAAUGAAGAUAUGCACAUUCAAAUAACAGACUUUGGAACAGCAAAAGUAUUAUCUGCAGAUAGCAGACAAGCACGGGCAAACUCAUUUGUAGGAACAGCACAGUAUGUUUCUCCAGAACUGCUGACAGAGAAAUCUGCCUGUAAAAGCUCUGACCUCUGGGCUCUGGGAUGUAUAAUAUAUCAGCUUGUAGCUGGAUUGCCUCCAUUUAGAGCUGGAAAUGAAUAUCUUAUAUUCCAGAAGAUAAUAAAGUUGGAAUAUGACUUUCCAGAAAAAUUUUUUCCCAAGGCAAAAGACCUUGUUGAAAAGCUAUUGGUUCUAGAUGCUACCAACAGAUUAGGUUGUGAAGAAAUGGGAGGAUAUGGACCUCUUAAGGCUCACCCCUUCUUCGAAUCCAUUGUGUGGGAGAACCUACAUCUUCAGACACCCCCAAAACUUACAGCGUAUUUACCUGCUAUGUCAGAGGAUGAUGAAGACUGUUAUGGAAAUUAUGACAAUCUCCUGAGUCAGUUUGGUUGCAUGCAAGUUUCUGGUUCUGCCUCUUCCCAUUCACUGUCUGCCCCAGACACAAGUACACCACAGACAUCAGGAGGAAAUAUUGAACAGUAUAUUCAUGAUCUUGACAACAAUUCCUUUGAGCUGGACUUACAGUUUUCUGAAGAUGAAAAGAGGUUACUUCUGGCAAAACAAGCUGGUGGAAAUCCUUGGCAUCAGUUUGUAGAAAAUAACUUAAUCCUAAAAAUGGGUCCAGUGGACAAAAGAAAGGGAUUGUUUGCACGUCGGCGCCAAUUGCUGCUCACAGAAGGGCCCCACCUGUAUUAUGUGGAUCCUGUCAACAAAGUUCUAAAAGGAGAAAUUCCAUGGUCUUUAGAGUUGCGGCCAGAAGCCAAGAAUUUUAAGACAUUUUUUGUUCACACACCAAACAGGACAUAUUACCUGAUGGACCCAAGUGGGAACGCUCAUAAAUGGUGCAAAAAGAUACAUGAAGUUUGGCGGCACAGAUACCACCAGAAUGCUGCUAAAUAGUAAAGCUCAUCCAAAAUUUCCCAGUUUCCCUACUUGCUGCUAGAACUCCGUGUGCAGCCGAUCAGAGGAAUCUUUUCAACCCACCUGUUACCAUCUCAAGGGGAAGCAUAUGUCUGAAAUGU